AUGCUUCCUUCUCUAAGCAGACCCUCCUUGUGGCUGCUCUGUUUGCCACUUAUUGGAACAACUGAUGCCCAACAGUAUUGCUCAAAGGUCACUUUCCAUGUGAGGGCUACUGCCGAGAAUAUGAUGUUCGUUGACCUGCCAGAAGUUACUAAUUCCACUGCCAUUGCCGAAUACUUGGCAAACGGCUUCUCGAACGGUCCGCCGACAAAUGGAACACUCAUUAUAAGCGGAGAAUUCGAGAUUGGCGGCACAUACUGUCAGCCUGCUAGCUCGGAGGCGGACACCGGAAUUUUGCAGUACUUCAUCCACGGGGCAACUUACAACCAAACCAUGUGGACGGGUCUCGGCAUUGAUAACGAAUAUAAUUGGGUUCUGUUCGCGACAAAUCAUGGCUAUCAUACUCUAACUCUCGAUAGUUUGGGUCAUGGUGACAAUCAUGCACGUCCAGAUCCGUACCUCGUGGUUCAAAAUGCAUUACAGGCUGAGAUCAACCACAAUAUUAUCUCAGCCAUCCGCAACAGCAGCAUGACAAACCCGCUCAACCGUACUUUCGAUAACAUUGUUCUUGUCACUCACUCUUAUGGUUCGUCCACUGGUGUGAGCCUGGUUCGCUCACAUCCUACCGAUAUUGAUGCAUUUGUUAUAACGGGCUGGAGUACCUCGCUGUCGCGGAAUGCUGCUGUUCGGCAGCAGUUUAUUCCGGCCGUUGAUGUCCAUCCGAAUCGCUUUGCUGGUUUAGACAAAGGCUACGUUACGCAUAUGACCGAAAUGUCCCGCAAAAUUACCUUCUACGCGGGCAAUUUUAAUCUUAUCGUCCCAUUAGAGGACUAUGUGGUUGGAGAUACCGUUGGUGUUGGAGAGAUUCUGUCGUUGGUCGGUGGUCUGGCACCAGCACGCGGCUUUGAAGGGCCUAUCCUUGCGCAUGGAAGGGAACCCGGUAUGAUCACGGCAGCGAAGCGACCAUUCAAGCAUAUGAUCUUCUUGCUCCGCUCAUGCACUGUCUUGGUUACUGGUGCCCAUGGAUAUCUUGCUGGACGGACCAUUGCAGCUGUUAUCGAGGCAGGCUUUUUGGUACAUGGCACCGUAAGGUCGCCACCAGCAGCAGAGACGGUUAAGAACUCAAUUUCACGGUUUAGCGAUGACCUGGAAACUACCCAGAUACCUAACAUCACGCUUUCUGGGGCAUUUGACGAAGCCAUGAAAGGCGUUAAUGUCAUCGUCCACCUAGCUUCACCUAGUGGCUUCAAGCUGAAAGACCCAGAGCUAGUAAUGAAGAUCACAACAUCAUCAAUCGAUAGUCUCAUGGAGUCAGCGAUGAAGGAACCGACAGUGGUGGCGGUUGUGCUGAUGUCUUCUAUGGGCACCAUGCUUGACUCAACCAAAGAAGCCCCGUAUCAAUAUACAGAAGAGGACUGGGACUUGACAGCUAUAGAAGCUGCUAAAAAGCACGGGAUGAGCUGCCUCGGUGGUCUCGUUUACCGUGCGAGCAAAGUGGGUGCGGAACGGGCCUUUUGGAGUUUCAAGGACCGCAAGCCGUCUUUCAGUAUGACCGCCAUCAAUCCGGCAUAG